AUGUUAAUGCUUGUCUGCACUUCUUGCUACUUCCAUUUCGAUUCCUCGCGAAUAUACGCUGAAAGUGUAGUGGAAGAAAUGAUGCAGGGAAAGUCAGUAGCAAUGACAGCAGGACUUUCUAGCCGCGUUGCUGUGCCGCGCAGUUAUGUGCGAGCUGCAUUGCGAGGACUGCGAGAUGCAGUGGGACGCCCUUGUGCUCCGUACACAUCACGCGAACACCUUAAAGGCCUUGAUAGAGCGCUACGUUAUGCGGUAACGUUUCAAGAACGCUCCGAAAAGCGUUGGACUGAAGUCAAUCGCGCUCUAGAACCGAAUAAGAAUAUUAUUCGUGUAAGCGAAGACAAGAUCCUUCCUCUUGGAUUUGCAAGGACACUACAGCAACUUGACGGCGAUGAUGAAAAUAAUGAUGAAUCUUAUCCAGAUAAACCUAGUGCUGCCCAGUGGGAGCGGCAGCAGGUUUCUCCAACAUUCUCUGAGAAACAACAAGCGAGAUUGCACGCUGCAUUGCAACAAUGGGUCUUCUACUGCAGUUUUCACAUUUCUCAGAAGGAGUUUCUGGCCCGGCAAUCCAAAAUAUCAGCGGUCCUUCUUCUUUCACCAAUACGGGUGGUUCCAUCCAGCAGCAGCAGACCUGAGAGUGCAAACAGUUUGGGAAUAUCUGUGCGCCGUCGUGGGGCACAGGCGUAUGUUGAUUUGCUUGUGCACCAUCGUUUGAUGUUGAAUAAUGAGGAAGAGUGGAUUACAUUAUGCAAACUAUAUUCCGGGAGUGAAGAGAAGGGUGAAGGGAAUGAACUUUCUGUGAUGAAACUACCGUUUAUCAGCUCUUCUGAAAAUUGUGUCUCGUGUGAGCGAAGCCUUGCAGUGCUUUCGUGGGCGAUGCAGUUUCAACAACAACAACAACAACGGCAAGUUCAUAUUUCUUCUUCUGAUAUCGCAAACGUCCUUCAGCAGUAUGCUCAACAAUUUGGCGAACGGAUAGAGGUACCGGAAGUAAGACUUGAAAGUGACAAUGAAGAUGGUACGUUAAAGUUGAGUACUGCAGAUGAACAGGCUGUUGUUACACGCCUUCAACAAUGGUGGGCCACUGCGCGUGAUGCUGAGAAACAGAACUCCAAACUUGCAGAGGCUUGUGGGCUCGACCGCACAGCGCCAAGUUGGAUUCACGUAGAAGGAAGAAAAGUGACUCUUUCGCCGUCUAGCGAUACUCCAGUCGUAGGCGACACUGUGUUUGCAGAGUUGCUUCUUCAGGGACGCUGGGAGGAUGUCCUUCGACACAUUGAAUCCGUAGCAACCGUCGCGUUGCAACUUAAUGAACCUACAAUUGAUAUGGAAGAAGAAAAACGGAUAACUAAAGAGGAACUAGAGGAAGUGGCGUGUGUUGUAGAUGAGAAGAAUGAAGAACGACAAUACAGUCUUGGUUCAGUCGCACCAUCGCUCUCUUCGAGUAAGGAUAACGUUAUAUCGCAAUUCUUCAAUAGGCGGCGUCCAUUACUCGUAAAGAGAAAGCUAUGGGUUCACAGUACCGCCUCGCGUCUCGGACGAGUUCCCCGUAAGCUUCUUCUUACUCCUGAGACACCAUCAGAGGUGAGUUUGCUGCAGAAACCUCCAAUGAUUGGUCUUCGAUCUAGACGUGAACAUUUAAGUGUGGUGAAUGAGAAACAGCAAAAUUUGGAUGGUUUACCCAGAUCUCCCCCAUCUCUUGCACUCAUGGAAUUACGCCGUAAACUGUGGAUUCUUGCUCAGCUCCCAAGACGUAUCCCCCGUUCUCUUGUACGUUUUGAGGGAACUGGUGCUUCUAUGCUUCCGUACUUGCAACGUUCUCUUGCAAAGGAACUUGUUCCAUGGGUUAUUCUUUCAACUAUUGUUGCCAUCGCACGAGAAGAACUAAAAGAAGAUAUUCAUGAAGGACUAAAACGUGUGCGUGCACAAGUUCUCUACACACUAUUUUCACCAAUUUCAUUCUAUGCAGCAUUUCAGGAGUAUUGUUCCGAUUUGAUAGUACAGUUUGGAAGUUUGCUUGCCCCACCUUCUGUGAUACGAGUGGCGGUACGCUCCAUAUUGCGACCACCUUCGUUACGACACUUUUACGAUGUGUUGGGAACGCGACGUAAUCAAAUAGAGUCUGUAUGCCGUCAGAUGUGGUGGGGUUCACUAGAUACAGCAAUGGAUUCCGAUGAGCAAGAAGAACUAUCUUCUUCUACGUUUUCCCAGACUACAAUAUCUUCGUUGGAGCGGAUUCGUUCUGAUUCCGAUGCACUACGUAAGUUUUUUGAGAGUAAAGCGGGUAGUAUGCGCAAUUAUCAUAUUUCAAUGUGGAUUGAAAGCUGUAGUAAAGUGGAAACACUUGCGGAACUUUUAGAUAUUCUUGUGCGAGAAGUGAAUUGCUAUGGACCACCUCUACUUUCACCAGAGGCGGCAGCGUCCUUACUUACAGCAGUUGUUCUUCCGCUCAUUGCCUCAAAUGGAAGGAAUAUUAUGGAUUCCGAGAGGAAUAUUCUGCGUGCGCUUGGUGUGGUCUAUUUUGUAGUCCCUGCCGACCGGGUAUUUGGGGCUGCACCGUAUUUUAAGGGAACUUAUCAUGAGCGUUACAUCCAUUCUACUCCACUAGAGUGGACUACAAGUUGGGAUGGUUCAGAGGCAUUGUUAGUUGGCCGUUCUCUUCGUCAUGCGACGAAGUAUCCUACAACUACCACUGAAUCUUUUUUACGAGUUGAUAAACGACAUGGUAUUCCAACCUUGACGUUCCGUGUGCCAGAGCUUAAAGUACGUCUUAUGACAGUUGAUCUUCUUGAGGCGGUUAGUUACUUUGAUGAAGGUAAAAAACAAGAACAGCUACAAAAAAGAGGGGAUAUGGUGAAUGCGAUAAAUGGUGAAACCGUAGAGGCUGAUAAAAAUCCCUUUCUUGUCGCCUCUCAUUUGCCGUUGGGUGUUGUAGCGGUUAGUAAACCCUCUGGAAUGAGUACAACUUUGCACGCCGGGUUUCCCCAUCUGGUGAAUUUUCUGGCUCAACAUGUACCUUGGCGAGGUGAUGGAACACCUGUUCUCUACCAACAUGGCCUUGUCAACCGCAUUGAUGUUGGAACGAGUGGUUUAGUGCUCGCUACCGAUACGGAAGCAUCUCUCGUUGCGGCGCGGCGCGCCAGCGUUGUGGACCAUGUGGUGGAAAAGACAUACCGGGCGCUUUUGCUGCGCUGCCCACCACCGGCCUCUCGUGUGGACGGCGAGGAGUGCUGGUACCUCAACCCUCACGGCGUCAUCACACGCGAUGUGUUUGCGAACGGUGCCGACUUCUCACUGCAGCGCGCUGCCACUCACAAUACGCAGCGCGACGGGCUGCCGACGGCAUCUGCGGACUGGCGACGGGCAACGACGGCGUACCGCGUCCUGCGGUACUUCCCUGCCAGCGGCGUUUACGAUGUAGAGGUGCGGCUGCGCGCCGGUCGGCGGCAUCAAAUCCGGCAGCACUUCGCACUAUUAUGGCACCCGCUGCUCGGCGACGGCCGCUACCACGAGCGUGCAAAGUCAAUGGGAGAGCGGGUGGGGCUUCACCGACCGGCACUGCAUGCAUUCACUAUCACUAUGUGGCCCGCCCGUGCAGGUGGGUCGGCGUCCGUUGCGGAGUAUGCUGACUGUGAGAAGACUGUUGUGGAGUGUCCGCUGCCAGGCGAUAUGCGGCAUGCAUUGGAAAUGUUGCAAAAGCUGGAGGGAAAGGAUUGA